AUGCAACAGUUGAGGGGUAGCCAUUUUUAAUUAGGAUAGACAAAUUAAAGUAAAUGGUUUAUAUAUUUUCUUUAGAGAAUCAAUUCACAUCAAUAAUGAAAAUGAAUUUUCAAGGUGAUUAAGUAUAUAAUCAAAAUGGAGUUGGUGACAAAUUAAAUUUGAAAGGAGUUCAUUUUCAAUUAGGAGAAUCAAAACGUAAUUUUUAUGUCAAACAACAUGACAGCAUUAUAUAGAACAACAUUUAAAACUGAUUUUUAGGGAAAGUAAAUUGUAGAACCUGCUACAUUAAAUUAAGAAAAAAAAAAUGAUUUAAGAACAAACCAUUUUGUUCUUGGUCAUCAAUAAGCUCAAUAAGUCUCUGUCACUAGGUCAACUUAUAAUGAAAAACCAUUAUAACCAGGUUUAUAAAAUGAAUAAGAAAGUAUUCUCAAUUUAUUAUAAUUAGUUCAAAAGAAUAAAAUGAGAUCUCAUCAUCAUAAUUUUGUAGAAACUACUUAAAAAAUGAUGUUGACCAAUUAUAAUGAAUAAUAUUAACCUUAAUAAUUAGAACCAAAAUUAGAUGUGGCUGAAAGAGCAAGAUAAUUAAGAGUAUCAAAUAUUUUUCUUGGGAAAGAAGUAAAAAUUAUAUCUAUUUCUUAUUAGUAAUUGCCUAUGAUUACUGCUUAAUAAGAAUAUCACAAUAAGAAAGAAGGUGGAAUUUAAGCAUCUUAUAAACCAGGAUUAUAAUCAACCAAUAUUAAUUUAGGUACAACUAUUCCUAAUUACCAAACUAUCAAUUAAGAAUAUUUUUAGAGAUAUUAGGUAACAUCAAAUCCAUUUGCUGAAGAGAAUAGAUAAAAUUUGAGAGGUAAUCAAUAUUAAAUAUAUCUAUAAGCAACUCAUUUUAUUUUGGGUAAAGAUAAUCAACCCUAUUCUUCAGAGACUAAGUCUCAUUAUAGAAUUUAUUCAGAAAAUAAUGUCAAAUUUACUAAUAAUACAACUGCAUUAUAAGGAAGUCAUUUUACAAUAGGAGAUCCUAGAUAUAUGAAUCAUAAAACUUAAACUUUAUAUACAAGUACAAUGAAACCACCAGAAUAAUAAUUAAAUAAUCAAGCUCGUGAUUAAUAAAUGGAUAGAGGUUCCAAUUUCUAAAUAGGCAGUGAGAAUAUAAGAUAUAAAUCAGAAAUGCAAUCUAAGUAUUUUAAUAUAUAAUUAUUUAGUUUCUAAAAUCCAUCUGGAUAAGCUGCUCAAUUAUCAGAUAAAUAAUUAAAAGAUUUGAGAUCAUCUCAUUUUGGUUUUAAUGAUCAUAGUGGUAAGAAUACAUUUGUAACAACUAAAUAAAUGGAAGCUCUUAAUUAUCAAUAAGGAUAUCCUAAUAAACUAGAUCCUCUUGCUAGUGCUAAUUUGAGGUAUUUUUUAUUAAUUAUUAAUAUAGAUCACAUCAUUUUACAUUAGGACAUAAUAGAGAAGAUUUAAUAUCAUAAACACAUGAUAUUCAUAGACAUUUAGAUGGAAAACCAAAUACAUUAAAUUAAUAGUAAGCUAAUAAUUUAAGAAAACAUCAUUUUGUAUUGUCAUGA